AUGACUGAUUUCACUCCCUCCCUCUUGCCGCCACACAACAAUCGGGCUUCCAAAACUACACCAGAGAAAAAACCUCGGCCUGCAACACUUGAUUGGGAACAAUUGGGAACCCCGUCCGAGAACGCUAACGCCAUGGAUCCAAACCAACGGAUCGGCAAGACUUCUGAUACCACAGCUUCUGAAGAUACUGUCCUGGAUAAUAACAUAAUAUUUGCUGCAAUGGUCUCCGAUGCUGCUCCCAACUCGGCUCCCCCAACUCUUGGUGUCACCGGGGACCAGACUUUCACCGGAUUUUCUCAUGCGCAUGCCUCCACAACUGCUCCCCAGAAUUCUACCACAACGACUUUGCAGACACCUUCCAGGGCUGCGCGCAAGAUUACAUCUCAAGCUGCGCCUACAACUGCACGUGAUCGCAAGGCCUCUUUCGUUUCCUCGAACUCUGACCUCCUCACCGAUGACGAGUCAUCAUACUCUCAAUCUCGACUACAGUCUCCCACUCCGUCUAUGUCCCAGUCUUCACAUUUUGGAUCCCAGCAUGAUUCGGACUAUGAUCCUGAAGAUUACCGCGUUUACCCUGAAGCUGGCCAGGGCUUCCAGGUGCCGUCGACCCCAAGCGAUCUUGACAUCAUGGCUGAGGAUGAGAAUUGCCUUACCUUUAGUCACUCUAUCCGAGGCGCCGCUAAGGAGGCUCGGAACCGGAAGCCUCAUUCGGCGUUGGGUCAUCGCAAGCAGUGA